ACUCUACCAGGUCUCCCUUCCAUGAAGAUGUUUAGUUGGAAGAAGAAGUUUUGCCAGCAGCAUUACCUGUGGGCCCUGGGCUGCUAUAUGCUGCUGGCCAUUAUUGCUUUGAGACUUUCUCUCAGACUGAAAUGUGACUUUGAGCACCCGGAUCUGGAGUCCAAGGACUUUCAAAGCCGGCGUUGUAGGGACAUCUUGUACAAGUCCCUGAAGCUGCCAGCAAGGAGCUCCAUCAAUUGUUCCGGGGUCACCCGUGGGAACAAGGAAGCAGUGAUUCAGGCUGUCCUAAGCAACCUGGAGACCAAGCAUAAGAGGGAGCCUUUCACAGACACUGACUACCUCAACCUGACCAGGAGCUGUGAGCACUUUAAGGCCAAGAGGAAGUUCAUAGAGUUCUCACUGAGCAAAGAAGAGUUAGACUUCCCCAUCGCGUAUUCUAUGGUGGUCCAUGAGAAGAUUGAAAAUUUUGAGAGGCUGCUGCGAGCUGUGUAUGUCCCACAGAAUAUAUACUGUGUCCAUGUGGAUGAGAAGUCCCCAGAAACCUUCAAAGAGGCAGUCAAGGCGAUUAUUUCAUGCUUCCCAAAUGUCUUCAUGGCCAGUAAGCUGGUUCAGGUGGUUUAUGCGUCCUGGUCCAGGGUGCAGGCAGACCUGAACUGCAUGGAAGACCUGCUCCAAAGUCCUGUGCCAUGGAAAUACUUCCUGAAUACAUGUGGGACAGACUUUCCUAUAAAGACAAAUGCUGAGAUGGUCCAAGCGCUCAAGAUGCUGAAUGGAAAGAACAGUAUGGAGUCAGAGAUACCUACUGAGUACAAAAAAAACCGCUGGAAGUAUCACUACGAGUUCACAGACAAAUUGUUCAUGACAAACAAGAAGAAGGACCCUCCCCCUGAUAAUUUACCUGUGUUCACAGGGAAUGCCUAUAUUGUGGCUUCUCGAAACUUCAUCCAACAUGUCUUAGAGAACCCCAAAGCCAAACAACUGAUUGAAUGGGUAAAAGACACCUAUAGCCCUGAUGAACACCUCUGGGCCACGCUUCAGCGUGCACCGUGGAUGCCUGGCUCUGUUCCCUACCACCCCAAGUAUGACACCUCGGACUUGGCUGCCAUCGCCAGGCUGGUCAAGUGGCAGGGUCAUGAGGGAGACAUGAGCGCGGGGGCCCCUUAUCCACCUUGCACUGGAAUCCACCAGCGAGCUGUUUGUAUUUAUGGUGCUGGGGACCUGCACUGGAUGCUUCAGAACCAUCACCUGCUGGCCAACAAGUUUGACCCAAAAGUGGAUGAUAAUGCUCUCCAGUGCUUAGAAGAGUACUUACGCUAUAAGGCCAUCUAUGGGACUGAACUCUGAGACACACUAUGGGAGAGUUUGCUACCUACAGGUCAUGUGCACACAUGCUCAGACCUUGCUGGGACAAUAUGGGGGUGGGAGGCCAGGGUUCUGGAAUCUCUGGGGUCUCCUAGGCUAAGGGGGCUGCUAGUGGAGUAAGUAGACCUGAUGACUACUCUCUUAUCCCUACCUCAAUGGCUCCUCCACUGAUUUUCAUCACGGAGUGAGAAUGAGAACCACUGUUAUGUGGGGAAGAGAGGGAGGGAAGUAUGGCAGGGGACCCAGGAUUUUGGACGAAUGCAUGGUGUCAGCUUUUCCAUUCUUUAGAGAUGCCAUUCCUAAUAAUGCUAGGCUUGGUGGGGGAGAGGAGGGUGCUUCACUAAGGAAGGAGAACAUCAAAAGAUAAUUUUGAUGGAAUGAGAGCCCUCUCUUUUGUACUCUCAACUUAAAAAUAAAUAGCUCUGGAUUCAAAGCCUUACCUCUACUUCUUGUCUAGUAAGCCAAGAGUAAGAUAAAUAAAUUUUAAAAAAUA